AUGUCUAAAUUAGUGCACGUCAUCGAUGUUGAGAGUGGGAACUUACAGUCCCUAAGAAAUGCCAUUGAACACCUUGGUUACAAAGUUCAACUGGUUCGUAAACCACAAGAACUGAUAGAUGCAAACCCAGAGAAAUUGAUCCUACCUGGUGUUGGUAACUAUGGCCAUUUUGUUAACGAGUUGUUUUCUCGUGGAUUUGAACAACCUGUGAAGGAUUAUAUUAGUUCAGGAAAACCGAUUAUGGGGAUUUGUGUUGGCCAACAAGCUUUAUUUAGUGGUUCAGUAGAAUCUCCAUUGAGUGGUGGUUUAGGUUACUUACCUUUUAAAUUGUCUCGUUUCAAUAACGAUAAUGGCAAGACUGUACCUCAAAUUGGUUGGAAUAGUAUCACGCAGGAUAGUCCCCUGUUUUAUGGUCUAGAUCCGUACAAACGUUACUAUUUCGUUCACUCAUACGCUAUGAUUUUAAAUCCCGAGAUAGAAGCUCAAUUGAAACGAGAUGGUUGGUCUAUUGCUAAAGCCAAAUAUGGUGAUGAAGAAUUCAUUGCAUCCUUAAACAAAGGUAACAUCUUUUCAACUCAAUUCCAUCCUGAAAAAUCAGGUCAUGCUGGUUUACAUGUCAUUGAUUGUUUCUUAAAACAAACCACAUCGGACCCAUUACCUUUAUACACAGACUCCCAAAAAAAAUCUUUGCAAAAUGAUUACAGUAAUAAUGGGUUAACAAGAAGAAUCAUAGCGUGUUUGGAUGUUCGUACUAAUGAUCAAGGUGAUUUAGUGGUAACGAAAGGUGACCAAUACGAUGUUCGUGAAAAAGAGAAUGGUCAAGAUGUUAGAAACCUUGGGAAGCCGGUAGAAUUAGCUCAAAAAUAUUACGAACAAGGCGCAGAUGAAAUCACAUUUUUAAACAUUACUUCCUUUAGAGAUUGUCCAUUGAAGGAUACUCCAAUGUUAGAUGUUUUAAAACUUGCUGCAAAGACAAUUUUUGUCCCUUUGACUGUUGGUGGUGGGAUUAAAGAUAUCGUGGAUACUGACGGUACCACGGUUCCUGCUGUAGAGGUAGCGAACCUAUAUUUUAGAUCUGGUGCCGAUAAAGUCUCGAUAGGUACAGAUGCAGUAUAUGCUGCUGAAAAGUUUUAUGAAUCUGGUGGUAAAUGUGAUGGUACCACUCCAAUUGAAACCAUUUCCAAAGCGUAUGGUGCUCAAGCUGUAGUGAUAUCUGUGGAUCCUAAACGUGUUUAUGUUGAUGACCCUGCACAAACUAAGAACCGUUGUAUAGAAACAAAUUUCCCUGAUGAACAAGGACGUACUUGGUGUUGGUAUCAAUGUACCAUCAAAGGUGGUAGAGAAACAAGAGAUCUAGGUGUCUGGGAAUUGACUCAAGCUUGUGAAAAACUAGGGGCAGGUGAAGUCCUAUUGAAUUGUAUUGACCGUGAUGGAUCUAAUGCAGGUUAUGACUUGGAAUUGAUCAAUCAUGUUAAGGAAGCUGUUAGCAUUCCAGUGAUUGCUUCAAGUGGUGCUGGUAAACCAGCAGAUUUUGAACAAGGUUUCAAGGAGACAUCUGCAGAUGCUUGUCUUGGUGCUGGUCUAUUCCACAGAGGAGACUACACUGUGAAGGAUGUUAAGGACUAUCUGUUAGCAAAUGGCUUAAAGGUAAGAGUUGAUACAAAUUAA